CUUAAUAUAGGCAACGAUGGCAGAAACUACGCAGAGGAAGAGGGAGGUGUUUGCGACCAAGAAUGAAUUGUCGGUAGCAUUGGCUAAGUACACUGCUCAUCUCUCGGCCAAGUUCUGCAAGGAGAAAGGAAUUUUCACCGUUGUUCUCUCCGGCUGUGGCCUCAUCGAUUGGCUCGGCAAGUUGUUGGAAUCACCAUACAAAGAAUCAGUCGAAUGGUCAAAGUGGCACGUCUUUUGGGUGGACGAGAGGGUCUGUUCACAUGAAGAUCAAAACAGCAACUACAAACUCGCCAUGGAUGGUUUUAUCUCCAAGGUUGGGAUUCCGAAGGAGAACAUCUACGCGAUCGACAAACAAUGUGCCUCUGAUGGUGACGCGGAGCGUUGCGCGACGCUCUACGAGGAGUGCUUGAGGAACCUGGUGAAGGAAAAGAUACUCCCACUAUGUCCAAAUGGCCAAUAUCCUCAGUUCGAUCUCCAGCUCCAAGGGAUGGGUCCUGAUGGCCACAUGGCGUCUCUCUUCCCGGAACGUCCUCAGAUCAAGGUGACGGACAAAUGGGUCACUCACAUUACCGACUCCCCAAAACCGCCACCAAGGAGAAUCACAUUGACUUUACCGGUCAUCAACUCGUCUUUGUACAAUCUCAUGGCCGUUUGCGACGACCACACAGACCAGUGUGCACGUUCCAUCGCUGAUAUCUUUAAGAACAACAAUCUCGCCUUACCUGCUGCUCAUCUUACUGCCCAAGUCGAACAAAUGUGGUACCUUGACAAAGCAGCUGCUUCAUUGCUUUAGAGAGCUAAACACAUUAAUAAAUGGUGUCCUUUAUAUGAAUAAUUAUCUCUCCAAGUCAUGCUUUGUUGAGCAUGUUGUUGGAGACUUGGAGGUUGCUUGCAUGUGUGUCGAAUAACCGGCUAAUAAUGCAUUUUGCGUAUUUACGUAUAGUACGUACCAAAUGAUUUGA